CUAUUGUUUCCCAGUAGUCAGGUUGCGUUUAGGGGCAUUAGGGCAUUUUCAGCGAUGUUUACCGUCAAGCCAUACAAUGACUGGUUUGAUGGCAACCACGUGACUGACGUCGCUAGUGGGACGACCCAAACCAUUAGACCACGCCAGCACCUCUCAAUACGCUCCUCAGGUUCAUAACAAACAAGUGCAAAGGACGGGAACACGCUACGCGAGUUGUACCUUCCACAGUUCGACGCGACAUUGUUUUGUCCGAAGCCGUCGCGAACACAUCUCUAAAUUUCCUCUUGGCCGGUGCGCACUUUGCUUGCAAAAACAAAGUCGGGAAUUUUGACAACUUACUGACGCUAAUGGGACAUGGCGAUGGACACGUCAACAUCCACUGACUCAGAGACGGCGUGCCGAGGGGGCGUCGAGGCCCCGUCGUUAAAGGUGGGCUCGGUGCGGAGGAACCUCUUCGGCCCCGUGGACCACCAGCAGCUGCGCCAGGACUUCCAGCGUCUCCUCCACUUGGGCGUGGACGCGGCCAACAAGCGGUGGAGCUACGACUUCCGCAGCGACGCUCCGCUGCCGGGCUCCGACGUGCAGUGGGAGGAGCUUAAGUGCCAGGAUGUGCCGAGAUUUUACCACAGCUGCACGGUGAGGCCGGCGGCGAAGAAGACGAAGAGGUGGUUCUCGGCGUCGCCGGGCGACAGCUCCGACGAUUCCAGCAGCUCUUCCGGAUCCGGGGACGAGUACCUGGAGGUGACCACAAGGCGGCGCUGCAGGCUGCAGAAACGCAAACAGUUGACCAUCAUGGAUUUCUUCAAGGUGAAGAAGAGGAAGCUUCUACAUAACAAAGCCAUGACUCGGCAGUAGGAGCACCUGAUAUGUUUCAUAUCCAUGUACAUACUGUAUGUAGCAUCUGGCAACACUACUUUAUUAGCACAACAAAGCUACCAGUUUU